AAGGUGGCCAGAGACAAAGAAAGAACAAUCCAUUAUCGGCACGGCGGUCCUGCUAACUGGCGAAUGCUGGCUGCCUGACUGCUUGACACGUGAGCGCCGCCGGACGCCCCACGGACUCCGGCUUGUGAGGUCAUCGACCCUUGUCUUCUUGCAAGUCCGCCGGACGAUGGCCAGGUUCUACUAUGGCUAUAGUACGGGCACUUCAGACUUCGUCUGGGGGUGCUAGGUCUCGAUAUACUUAUCUUUCAUCAACUAUCCUUCCAACGAGGCGCUUUGUUUCGUCGUCACCGCCACUCCGACAAACUACGUCCUCGCGGCAUGCCUUUGCUUACGGCGCCAAUGAUGAAGUCGCACGUCUCGCAGCCAGUCGCCGGCGCCCAUUGACUCUGGCAGACCUGCUCAAACAUGGACGCCCGCCGUUGUGCAAAGAGGACCUCCUUGCCUCGGCCAACUUCACCCUCUCCCUCCUCCCAGCCCGACUAGCAUCGCGCAUCGAAGCCCUCCGCAACCUCCCGUUUAUCGUGGUCUCAAACCCGCACGUAUCGAAGAUCUACAACAAUUACCUUCACUCUUUAUCAACACUGUUACCCUACCAGCAACGCCAGGUCACCACCCUCGAGGAAGAGAACCAAUUCGCAGAGGUACUCGCUGAUCUCGUACACACCCACACGAAUACAAUCCCUAUUCUUGCCCGUGGCUUCCUCGAAUGCCGUCGAUACAUCGAUCCCGUCGAGGUAACCCGGUUUCUGGACACGCAUCUGCGCGCCAGAAUCGGCACGCGGCUGAUCGCGGAGCAACAUUUAGCGCUGCACUUUGCCUCGCAGCCUGUUAGUGCUGUCCCUGUCGAACAACGCGAUACCAACAAGGAUGCCGCACCUUCGAACUACAUCGGGGUCAUCGACACGGCGCUGCAACCCUCGCGGAUCGUCAAGUCGUGCGAGGACUUUGUGGGCGAGAUCUGCGAGCUCAAGUACGGUGUGCGUCCCAGAUUGCGUAUCGGUGGACAGCCGGACGCUUCCUUCGCUCAUGUCCCGGUCCAUGUGGAAUACAUCCUCACGGAGCUGCUGAAAAACGCAUUCCGGGCGGUGAUUGAAUCCGGCAAUGGGAGCGAGCCGAUUGAGGUGACGAUUGCUGCGGCGCCCGACGUUCCUGCGAACCCGGUCCACGACGUGUCCGGGAAGAAGGGAAAGCGGAGUCAUGGCCCGCAGUCGCAUUCUGAUGUUGGGUUCCAGAUGGAUACGGUAGUGGGCACGGCGGAUGCGAACGAGUCUAUCAAGUGCUGGACGCCCUCGUCACAGAGCAUCACAAUCCGGAUCCGAGAUCGAGGGGGCGGCAUUCCGCCGGAGGUGCUGCCGAACAUCUGGUCGUAUAGUUUCACUACGUUUUCCGACUACGAGAUGAACGGGUCGGAGAAUGGAAGCAUGGACGCAUUGAACACCAUUGCAUCGAGCGGGGGACACCUGAGCAGUAUUGCCGGGCUUGGGUAUGGACUGCCGCUGAGCCGAGCCUAUGCGGAGUAUUUUGGGGGAAGCAUUGCGGUGCAGAGCUUAUGGGGAUGGGGGACAGAUGUUUAUUUGACACUGCAGGGAGUUGGGAAGGUUGCUUGAUCUCUGGCUGCUGCUUUGCAGUGGGACUGCAAUAUUAUUAUGCUAGAGAUCCAAUAGGAAAUAUGGUCCGGAACCAUUCUUCUUCGCUACAGCUUCGCCUUGUCCUCCCCACUGUCACUAUGCUCUCUGGCAAACAAAUCCACAAACUCACACACCUUCAAAUCAUCGACCUCCACCAACCUCAACACCUCCUCAAUCUCCUCAUCCCUAAACAUCAACCUCAUAUUCCUCACAAACUUCUUCCUCACCUCCUCCCUCGUCUUCAGAUUCCUCGCAUGUCCCACAGGAUACUCCACCAGGACCUCCUCCAACACCCUCCCCCCUUGCAACCUCACCACCACGCCAGCCCCAAUACUCCUCUUCCCGGGAUCGAGAUAAUCCCUCGUCAACCCCUCAUCGACCCUGACCACCACCCUCCCCCUCACCUCCUCCACGACCGGAUCAUCCCCCCACCCCCCUUCCUCCCGAUCCCCAUAAUCCUCCACCACCA